AUGGAUGACACAUAUACUAAAGAAAGACUAGACCGCGCAGUGGCAAACCCGGAAUGGUGUUCCAUUUUCCUCAUUGUCUCGGUGUUGAUACUGGCCACUAGAACUUCAGACCACAACCCCAUGGUAGUGAAGUUUCAGGAGUGCCCUCCUGAGAGGUGUGCUGUUCGGAGAGGUUUUAAAUUUGAGUCUUGUUGGAUGAAAGACAGGGAGAGCUUUGAAGUUAUUAAAGAAGCUUGGUGUAAUAGGGCGGAAGGGGGAGUGUCUAUGAGGGCUAUCCAGAACAGUUUGGCGGGUUGUCAAGAGGCUUUGUCUAGGUGGAGUUGCCGCAAGUUUGGUAAUGUAGAGGACUUGAUUAAAAGGAAGUCUGAACAAUUGAUGGCAUUGCAACAAAGUGCUUUACUUUCUAGUGUUGAUCAAAUUAAAUUGCUUCAAAAUGAACUUGAUGACCUGCUGGAGUGUGAAGAGAUGAAGUGGAAACAAAGAGCAAAACAUCAUUGGUUCAGUCAGGGGGAUAGGAAUACAGCCUUCUUCCACUCUUGGGCUAACCAUAGAAGGAAGAUCAAUAGUAUCCGAUGGAUUUAUGAUGAGCAGGGGCAAGUAUGGAGAAAGUAUAAAGAUAUUAGCAGGGUUGUUGUGGGGUAUUUUAAUAGUCUAUACACCUCUCAAGGUUCAAUCCGGGUAGAAGAAUGCUUACAAUCAGUGUCCCCCAAAGUUAUGCAGGAGAUGAAUGCUUGGCUUCUACAUCCUUUCUCAGAAGUUGAAGUAAGGGCAGCGCUUUUUCAGAUGCACCCUCUCAAAUCUCCGGGGCCAGACGAAUUCCCACCAAUCUUUUAUCAAAAGAAUUGGGAUAUUGUGGUGCUAGCAAAUCGGUUGAAAUCUAUUUUGCCUCAUAUCAUUUCUCCGGAGCAGAGUGCUUUUGUUCCGGGCCGUUUAAUUACUGCUAAUGUUCUAGUGGGUUUUGAAACACUUCAUACCAUGGCAACUAGGCUUUCGGGUAAGGAGGGUUUUAUGGCGAUGAAACUCGAUAUGAGUAAGGCAUAUGAUAGAAUAGAAUGGGACUUCUUGGAGGCAAUGUUUAGGAAACUAGGUUUUGCAGAUGAUUGUCUUCUGUUUUGCAAAGCCAAUAUGGGAGAAUGGAGGAGAUUUCAAGGGGUCCUUUCCACCUAUGAAGUUGCUUCGGGACAGAAGAUUAAUAGAGAGAAGACUACCCUGUUUUUCAGUAGGAACACUAAACAGGAGGGCAGGAUUUGGUCUAAGCUUAAUGGGUGGAAGGAGAAGCUUCUUACACAUGCUGGAAAGGAAGUUCUUUUAAAGUCAGUCAUUCAAGCAAUCCCUACCUACACAAUGAGUGUGUUCCGUCUCCCAAAAACUUUGACUAAAGAGAUUAAUUCUCUGAUGAGUAAAUUCUGGUGGAGCUUUAAAGAUAAUUUCAACAGAAUUUCUUGGUGGUCAUGGAAGAAACUGGGACGGAAGAAGGAGUUUGGAAGGAUGUGCUUCAGAGAGCUGGAUUGCUUUAACAUGGCUAUGCUAGCUAAACAGGGGUGGAGGUUGUUGAAAUUUCCAGAUUCUCUUGCAGCCCGAGUGCUUAAGGAGAAAUAUUAUCCGAAGUCAAGCUUCUUGAUGUCAAGUUUAGGCAAAAGGCCUUCUUUCGCUUGGAGAAGCAUUUGGAACGCCAAACCAUUGAUUGAAGAAGGGAUUAUGUGGAGAGUGGGGAAUGGGGAAUGGAUUGAAUGUUAA